ACACAAUUUUGUCGUGUCAUUAUAUUCUACGAAAGUGUUGAAUUUCGUAGUUCUCCCUCUCUCUCGCAAAAUCGCUCAAAAUCCCGUCGUCGAAACGAUCCUCCGGCUCCCACUGUCGAUACAAUCCUCCAGCCGCCGCUGUCGAAAGAAUUCUCCAGCCAACGCCGUUGAAAUUCGGGACGUCGCAACGCCGUCGGAAUCAAGUUCGCGCCAUCUCUGUUCGUCGUCUUCCGCCGUCCAGUGCUUCUCCUUGCUCCCUCCUCUGUCCGAUCAGUGAAAGUUGAUGCUUGUUGUGACAGUUUAAUAAUUUGACUUUGAAGUCUUUUCUGGAGUAAUAUUGCGGAAGAUUUCUAUGGAAGAGGCGAAUGAAAUUUUGAAGAAUAACAGAGUUGAAGAUAUCAGUUGGCUUUGUUCACUAUCUGAAUCAGAACUUGACCUGCUGAUUAGCAUUAAAAUGCUAGUUCUCCAACGUGCAAAAGCAAUUGGUCAUGAAAAUUUAGCUGAAAAAUUUGAUUUGAAGACGCUACGUGCUAUUGGGUUUGUUUUGAUGGAACAUCUUAAAGGAGAACUUAGGACAUCAGAUGUUUCGGAUCUUUCUCAAUCUGCUACCUUAAAUGCGUGCAACUUGUUAGACAGCAAUGUUGAGAAAAUUUUGUCAAUUGAUGAGAUAAUGGCAAGUAUCUGCUCAGACAGAAGGAAGAAACCAGGAAAAAGGCCACGUAAAAAUUAGGUUGAUUCGAGAUACAAGAACGAGAAGUCGUGAAUUAGAAAAGACUAGAAGUUCAUGGAAGUUGUCUUUGCCAACAUGUCGGCAUCAUGCAGCUUCCCACACUGCAAGACUUGGCAGGAAUCAUUCUAACAACCAUGGUCGUCGCAAACAUUUUUGUUAGUUAUAGAUAUAAUAGUGUAGGCAGCGAAAGGAACAUAUAUAUUAAUGGUUCGAGCUAUAUCAGAUGAUAGAGAAAAUUUUGUAGUUCUCCGAACGAAGAAUGUGAGAAUUUUGUUAAAUUACAAGUUUAGUUUUUAUUUGUC